AUGAACAUUUUCAGAUCUGUUAUGCGGAAGCAGGAGAUGGCUUCGAAUCCCGCUGCCGACGACACCUGCUGCGCAAUAUGUUACGAAAAAGUAGGCGAGGCUAAGGAGGAGGGCGACAAGGAGGUCUGGCGAUAUCUCCCCUGCGGCCACCGCUUUGGUGGCGACUGCAUACAACACUGGCUUGGCGUCGCCAGCGUCGACGAGCCGCACUGCCCUUGGUGUAGGGUGAGCAUGCGGUGCGACUGUGGACAUCCCGUGGUGCCGACGACCAAGCCGACGCGCAAUUACAUGUACUGGGGCUGGAUGCCGUGCGAGAUAUGUCACACGCAACUACAACGUACUCGCAAGACAUCCAAAUACUUUCGCGGUCAGCUUCUACCGCGGCUCAACUCUCUCAUCCACUCGCUCGACCACAACAUGGCGUCCAUCCCUCAAGAGGUGCCCAAGGAACAGGAAGAAACACCAACAAAAGAGCCUUGGGAGGACCGAGAGGUAUGGAGGAGGAAGUGGACCGAGUACUUUAUCCAAGACGAUCGGAAAGCUUCUGGGUCGAAAUCGCCAAAGAAAUGA